CAAAUUACGUUUCUACGUUACUCAUUUGAAAUCUAAAACAAUCCCCAAAUUGCUAACCGAAAACACUGAAAUUGCAUUUAAUUUUCCACCUGUUUUGACUUCCAACCGACAUCUUAGGACAUGAACACUCUUCAGAACUUAAAUAAAAUAAAACCCCCACUCGCAAUUGCCGCACGCGCCCGCGCUAGUAAAUGUCAGUGCGGCUUCUAAACCCCCAUUUUCUUCACUUCCGUAACUACUCUCUUCUUCGUUCAUCAACAACAUCAGCUCAAAGGAGUUACAGUUACUCUUUCUCAAACCGUUCCGCUAUGUCUUAUCGUCCCAAUUACCGAGGCGGCGGUGGCCGACGUGGCGGCGGCGGAGGAGGACGUGGCGGUGGACGUGGAGGAGGACGUGGUGAACAGAGAUGGUGGGACCCGGUAUGGCGUGCCGAACGCCUUCGCCAACAGGCAGCUGAGAUGGAGGUGAUGAAUGAGAAUGAGUGGUGGGGGAAGAUGGAGCAGUUUAAGAGAGGAGGCGAGCAGGAAAUGGUAAUAAGGCGGAAUUUUAGUAGGGAUGACCAGCAGAAGUUGUCUGAUAUGGCGUAUCAAUUAGAACUUUACUUCCAUGCUUAUAACAAGGGAAAGGCACUUGUUGCAAGCAAAGUCCCAUUGCCAAGCUAUCGUGCUGAUCUUGACGAGCGUCAUGGAUCUACACAGAAAGAGAUAAGGAUGUCUACAGAGAUUGAGGAAAGAGUCGGAAAUCUAUUGAGUAGUUCACAAGACACAGUAUCUGCUGGGACAUCCUCUUCAACAUCUGGUAAUUCUGCCAAAUUAUCAUUCAAAGCUGUAGAAACAGCCAAACCUAAGUUGACUAUAGAAGAUGAUACUGCCACCAAAACACUUAAUAUGGAACUUAAACAGAAGCAGGAAAAGACGAGGGAAAGUGAAAAAGUCAAGGGAAUGAUCUCAUUCAGAGAAAAACUUCCAGCAUUUAAAGUAAAAUCUGAAUUUAUGGAAGCUGUUGCAAGUACUCAGGUAUUGGUAGUUUCUGGAGAGACUGGUUGUGGAAAGACUACACAGCUCCCUCAAUUCAUUCUAGAAGAGGAGAUAUCAUCCCUUCGCGGUGCUGGCUGUAACAUUAUAUGUACUCAGCCUCGCCGUAUAUCAGCAAUAUCAGUUGCCGCUCGAAUAUGCUCUGAAAGAGGAGAGAAUCUUGGUGAUACUGUUGGAUACCAGAUCCGGCUGGAAUCAAAGCGCUCUGCUCAAACACGGUUGCUAUUUUGCACAACAGGAGUGUUACUGCGGCAACUGGUUCAGGACCCUGAUUUGACUGGUGUUAGCCAUCUGCUUGUUGAUGAAAUCCAUGAAAGAGGCAUGAAUGAAGACUUUCUCUUGAUAAUUUUACGUGACCUCCUUCCUCGACGACCUGAUUUGCGUCUCAUUCUGAUGAGUGCUACUAUUAAUGCUGAGUUGUUCUCUAAAUACUUCAGAGAUGCACCCACAAUUCAUAUACCGGGUUUGACAUAUCCAGUGGCGGAGCUGUUCCUUGAAGACGUGUUGGAGAAGACUCGUUACCUUAUAAAAUCAGAAGCAGACAAUUUCCAAGGAAACUCAAGGAGAAGGAUGAGGCAACAAGAUUCUAAAAGAGAUCCUCUGACUGAUCUUUUUGAGGAUGUGGACAUUGGUUCCCAUUAUAAAAGCUACAGCAUGACUACAAGACAAUCUCUGGAAGCAUGGUCUGGUUCACAGCUUGAUUUGGGUCUCGUGGAAGCAGCAAUUGAAUAUAUUUGUCGCCGUGAAGGUGAAGGUGCAAUUCUUGUAUUCUUAACUGGUUGGGAUGACAUUUCUAAGCUACUUGAUAAAAUUAAGGCUAACAACCUCCUUGGGGAUACGAGGAAGUUUUUAAUCCUCCCUCUUCACGGUUCAAUGCCAACAAUGAAUCAACGAGAAAUAUUUGAUCGCCCACCUGCUAACAUGAGGAAAAUUGUUCUUGCAACCAACAUAGCUGAGAGCAGUAUAACUAUAGAUGAUGUCGUGUAUGUCAUAGACUGUGGAAAGGCGAAAGAGACUAGCUAUGAUGCACUUAACAAGCUUGCUUGUUUAUUACCAUCAUGGAUUUCAAAGGCCUCGGCACAUCAGAGACGUGGUCGUGCAGGCCGUGUACAACCUGGAGUUUGUUAUAGGUUGUAUCCGAAACUAAUACAUGAUGCUAUGCCACAAUAUCAACUACCUGAGAUUCUUCGAACUCCAUUACAAGAGCUUUGUCUCCAUAUUAAGAGCUUGCAGUUUGGCGCCAUUGAAUCCUUUUUGGCCAAGGCACUUCAACCUCCAGAUGCUCUCUCUGUGCACAAUGCCAUUGAACUUCUGAAAACUAUUGGAGCUCUGGAUGAUACAGAAGAACUUACUCCGCUUGGCCGCCAUCUUUGCACUCUACCACUGGAUCCAAAUAUUGGAAAGAUGCUUCUGAUGGGGUCCAUCUUCCAAUGUCUAAACCCUGCACUGACUAUUGCUGCUGCUCUGGCACACCGUGAUCCAUUUGUCCUUCCAAUAAACAGGAAAGAGGAAGCAGAUGCUGCUAAAAGAUCCUUCGCUGGUGAUUCUUGCAGUGAUCAUAUUGCACUUCUUAAAGCAUUUGAAGGAUGGAAAGAUGCUAAACGCUAUGGAAGAGAACGAGCCUUCUGUUGGGAAAAUUUCUUAUCUCCUGUAACCUUGCAGAUGAUGGAAGACAUGAGAAAUCAGUUUGUUGACCUACUGUCAGAUAUUGGUUUUGUGGAUAAAUCACGAGGUGCCAAGGCAUACAAUGAAUACAGCAAUGAUUUAGAGAUGGUAUGCGCCAUCCUUUGUGCCGGCCUCUACCCAAAUGUUGUGCAGUGUAAAAGAAGAGGAAAGCGUACAGCAUUUUACACUAAGGAAGUUGGAAAAGUCGAUAUUCACCCAGCAUCUGUUAAUGCUGGUGUUCAUCUUUUCCCUCUUCCCUACCUAGUUUACAGUGAGAAAGUCAAGACUACAAGCAUUUUUAUCAGAGAUUCAACGAACAUAUCAGAUUAUUCUCUUCUUAUGUUUGGGGGUAAUCUAACUCCAAGCAAAAGUGGAGAGGGCAUUGAAAUGCUUGGAGGCUAUCUCCACUUUUCUGCAUCAAAAAGUGUGUUGGAUUUAAUAAAGAAACUGCGAGGGGAACUGGAUAAAAUCUUAAAAAGGAAAAUCGAAGAGCCCCACUUUGACGUCUCGGUCGAGGGAAAGGGUGUAGUUGCAGCUGUAGUUGAGUUACUUCAUAGUCAAGACAUACGAUACUAAGAUAUAGGGGACAUUUUCCGUUUAUCUAUAGCAACUACUAGUGACCAAACCAUAUAUAGAUGAUUAUGGCUUUGAGCGCGGAAACAUAUAUUGACAACAGGUUUGAGGCCUCUUUGUUGUAGUAUGUUAGCAUAGAGAGGCAGGGGCAGAUCUAGCAGUAUAGUUGUGGGUUCAUUUUAACCCCUAACUUUUAGUCUAGAUCUUGACUUAUCUUUGUAAAAUGCACUGUAAUUGCUGAAAAUUGAACAAUGAACCCACAACUCAAAUAAAGUGAUGGGUUCAGUGGUUGAAGCUCGAGACCUAAACCCUUAGAAUUGAAAUCCUAGAUUCGCCUCUAAGAGGUAGAUAAUUUUGUAACUACUUCAAUUCUUCAAGCUUCCUUCAAUAUAC